UUGAAUUGCAUCCUCUCCACUCCUUCAAAAUUAAUUUUGACUUUUAAUGGCAGCGUAUAGUGCUGUAAUUUCUCUUCUUCAAACUCUUGAGCAGAGAACCCCAGAACUAAUGAUUCGAGAUCAAACCCUCGAAUCUAUUCAUGCUACUGCUCACUAUUUUCAUGAUGUUCUUGAAAAUAUUAGAAGAUUUGACCAUGAAAAGAUCAAAACUUUGGAGGAAAAAAUUAGAGUUGCUGCUAGUGGCGCAGAAGAUGUUGUUGAGUUGAAAAUUUCUCAAGGUUCAAACUGGACAUUUGAGAAUUUGAUACAAGUGGCUGAAAAAAUGAAUACAACUAAGCAACAAGUGAUGGAUAUUGUUUCACAUGAUGUUCAUCAAAUUCUGGAAUUAUCCGUGGAUUCCUUGAUUAGCACUCCUUCAACAAGUUAUCCAAUAUUGUCAGACUCAGAUCAGUUGGGUCUUGAGGAUGACUUGAAGAUAAUAAUUAAAAGAUUGACAGGACCACCAUCGGAUAUAGACAUUGUCACUAUAACAGGUAUGGGUGGCAUUGGCAAAACAACGCUCGCUAAAAAAGCUUAUGAUCAUCUAACAAUCAGGUAUCACUUUGACGUUUUUGCUUGGCUUACAAUAUCUCAAGAAUUUCGCUGUAGAAAUGUAUUGUUAGAAGCUUUACAUUGUAUCUUAGGGAAACCAGAUUCCUUUGACUCAUAUCCUUAUGAUGAGAAUGAGUUAGCUGACCUAGUGCAAAAACAACUAAAGGGUCGAAGAUACCUUGUCGUUGUUGAUGAUAUUUGGAGUUCAGAUGUCUGGGAUAGUAUAAGAGGAAUAUUUCCUAAUUACAACAAUGGAAGUCGAAUCUUAUUGACUACUAGGGAAAAUGAGGUAGCGAUGUAUGCAAAUAGUUGUAGCCCUCAUGAGAUGAGCCUUUUGAGUGCAGAAAAUGGUUGGAAGUUACUUUGUGAUAAGGUGUUUGGACCAAAUAAUGAUCAUCCUCCUGAAUUGGAAGAAAUUGGAAAGGAAAUAGUAGAAAAAUGUCAAGGACUACCCUUAACAAUUUCAGUGAUUGCGGGACAUCUCUCUAAAGUGGUCAGGACAUUAGAAAGUUGGAAGGAUGUUGCCCGAACCUUAAGUAAAAUCAUUGCUAGUCAUCCAGACAAAUGCUUAGCAGUGCUCGGUUUGAGUUACCACCACUUGCCUAGUCGGCUCAAACCCUGCUUCCUAUCUAUGAGUAGUUUCCCAGAGGAUUUUCGUUUUGAGACCAAUUAUGGAUCGCAGAAGGUUUCAUAAGGACUUGUGAAAAUGGUAAAAGUUUGGAGGAAGUGGCAAUAUAUUAUUUGGAGGACCUUAUUAGCAGGAACUUGUUACAGGCUAGAAAAAGGAGAUUCAAUGGUGAGAUAAAAACAUGUGGAAUACACGAUCUAUUGCGUGAGUUCUGUUUGACAGAAGCUGAAAUGACAAAGCAUAUGCAUGUUGAGAGAACUCACCCUACUCUUCCAACACAAAAGCAUAAUGUUCGUCGAUUCAGUUUUCAAACUGAAUAUUAUUCAGUUGAUGAUUGUUAUAAGCUAUUACCCCCGGUUUCCAGAUCUAUCUACUUAUUUUCUAAAUUGAAUCUACCUAUUGUACCCAGUACUGAGUCUCACUUGUCAUCGCCCAUCUACCGCCAUGAUCCUAUAAUACAUGAACUUUUCUCCCAUUUCAACCUUCUCAGGGUGUUGUCCAUGAACAAUAAAGGUGUACCCUUCGAGUCAUUUCCACUUGUGAUUACAGAGUUGUUUCAUUUGAGAUAUCUUCAAGUUCAUUUUGAAGGAGAUAUUCCUGAAUCAAUCUCAGAGCUUCAGAAUUUGCAAACUCUAAUUUCGAGUGGUACUUUUCCUUUCGAUAUGACUUUACCUAUGAAGAUAUGGAUGAUGAAGAACUUGAGGUAUAUACGUCUGGAUCGUCCCACUUAUUUACCAAGUCCUGGAACACAAAGUCUUGUGACAGGGAUGCCAAAUCUACAGGAAUUUUCUGGUCAUUUUACAGAUGAAGUCUUUUCUGGCAUUCCCAAUCUAAAGAGAUUGAUCUUUCAUCUACCUAAUAAUAAAAGGAGUUAUAGAUGUUGGCAAUUGGAUAUAUCCAGAUUGACAAAACUCGAAUCAUUCAAGUAUUAUGGGACAUUUUUAACGGCGUACCGUGUCAAGAGAUUUUAUUUUCCAGCAUCACUUAGGAGGUUGUCUUUAACUCAGUGUAAUGAAUUUUUUGAGACAAACAUAUCUUCAACUGUUGUGAUGUUGCCAAAUCUUGAAGAGCUCAAACUUAAACAAUGUGGAGACAUGUUAAAGACAUGGAGAUUGAGUGACGAAGACAAGUUCAAAAGCUUGAAGUUGUUGUUACUGAGUGGCUCAAGUCUUAAGCAUUGGGAAGCUACCAGUGAUAACUUUCCAAAUCUAAAACGCCUUGUUCUGAAGAAUUGCUACAGGCUGCAAGAAAUUCCAGCAGAUUUUGGCGAAAUCGGUACUUUGGAGUCAAUUGAGUUACACAAUUGCAGCACUACUGCUGAUGAUUCUGCAAGAGAGAUUGUACAAGAACAAGAGGAAAUGGGGAAUUAUUUCCUUAAGGUCUACAUCCAUAAAAGUCGGAGGAAAUGAAGCUUAUUUCAAGGGACCAUCUAAUGCCAUCUUCCAAAUGAACAACCUUUCAUUUAUAACUUGAAAAGUAAAAUCUUUCGGGUUUUUUUCCUGUUCUGAUCAUUCGUGAAAUUCAUGUUUAAGGAAUAAGCAUAUUUAAUACAUUUGUGAUUUUGGUAUUUUGUAAACUGUAUAUAUUGAUGUACUGUAAUAUGUAUUCCGUGUUAUGUGAUUAUUCGGAAUAGACAUUUUUUUCAAUAUAUUAUGCAUUGCCUACGGCGUGUAAGAAUCGUUGAUUUCACACUUUGAA